CCCUCCCCUUCCCCUCCACUAUCGGCCCCAUCUUCAUCCAGUCCUUUUCUUUCCCAUGGAGAGGAAUUACCCCGCUGCAGGCUUCGGAGACCUCGGGGCCGCCGGCCAGGGAUGGAGUUACGACCGAGCGGCCAAAGCGAGCCUUGUGUAUGGGAGCUCCAGGUCGUCCCAUCCAGACGCAGAGCUGCUCCAUCGGCAAACCUAUGGCACUGCACACACUCUCCAGGGCUAUGCAACCAACCACCACCCAGGAAGCUCCAGACAAGGUGGGGCCUGGGGUGCUGCUGGACGCACACUUGGUCUGUCGGGGCUAUUUGACGCCGGCCUCCAUCAUUCCAAUCACCCGGGUCCUGACCCCUCCGUCAUGAAUCUGAUAUCAGCUCUGGAGUCGCGGGGUCCACAGCCACCCCCCUCUGCUUCCUCCCUCCUCUCUCAGUUUCGCACUCCUUCUUGGCAGGCUGCAAUGCAUACACCGGCCCCACCAGAGCUCUUUAUGUCAGGGACACUUCCUGGUUCCAGCUCCUAUCCCUCCUCCUCUGCCCUUUCUGCAUACCAGCAUUCUGGCUCCUUCUCUGGACGAUCUUUCACUCCAUCACUAUCCCUGCAGGACACACAUGCAUUUAGCCCGACUUCCAACGGUUUGCUAUCCCCCCACGAUCCCUUGCUGCACAUGAAAACACCAUCUCAGGCCAACUUGGGCUUUGAUCGCUUGCUGUCUUCCCACAGUGCCUCCUACCGGGGCUCCCAGGAGCCCCCGUCCUCUCCCCAGAUCCAAGCCCCUCCCACCUCCUCUAGUUGCCACCUGCCCCCUCCUCAGUUAAACCUGUUGUCCUCCCAGCUCCACAACCAGUCCUCCCAGCUCUAUAAUGCCUCCAUGUUCUCUUCCACACCAACCCUGCUGCCUACGGCUCCCCCACUACCACAGCCUUCUUCAGAGAGGGCAGUUUCCCGGCAGGACAGUGUGAUCAAGCAUUACCAACGUUCACCACCCCCUCAGUCCACAACACUCCCUCCACAGCAAUAUGUCAGCUGUGGUGGAUCAUCAAGCUAUCAGCAAAUAGCCAGCCACCACCGGCAUGCUGGAUUGUCCUGCAGUCCCCUUGGGGAGCAAAGCCCAUCUGACCCCAAGCCCUCACCAAGGUUGGAAUCCAAGACCUAUCGACCUAUCAUCCAAACCCCCUACACAUCCUUGUCCUCCAGCUCCUCGGCCCCUUCCUCAUCUGGCACUAAGGGACCCAAGAAUUCCAGCUCCAGUAGUGGCUACACUUCUCCAGGCUCAGCUCCAUCCUCUUCCCGUACCCCACACACUCCACCAUCAGCUUCCUCCUCUUCAUCUUCAUCCUCUUCAAGCUCCAAGACAAGCACUGGAUCCUUGGCUGCUCCCUCUUGUCAGCAGCCUCCAACACACUCUGUACCAGCCCCACCUCCUCUACCAGUGGUGUCAUCCAACCUUGUACAACAGCCAGCACCCAAACAAUGCCUCUCCACCUAUGGCUCCCCGCCUGUGUCCAAAUCUAGCACAGGCCUAGCCGACCAGACCCCUCCCCAACAACAUGCCCAGUCCUACUCUCCCAACCAGCAUCCAUCUGCACACAUGACCCAGACCUAUGGGGGCUUUACCUCACUUCAUGCCCAAGACCUGAGCUCUGGAGCAGGGGGUUCUGGAGGGAAGGCCUUCACUGGUAAAGUCUCAGGAGGACGCUCAUUUUCUGCAGAGGUAGUUUUUGGGGAUUCGAGCUUUGGCUCAACUCCACUCAGAAGAGCAAGCAGUCCUUCCUUAGGGUAUGGAAAUGCUGGAGGAUCAACAUUAAGUGGACCCGUAUCAGGAGCUACUUCACUUGGCAGUGGCGUUGGAUCUCCUGGAUCUGGUAACGGGGCAGCUAGUGUUGGUAAUGGAGGCAGCAGCUCUUACCACUUACCUGAGUCUUGCCCCUCGCCCUCCAUCAAUUCUUCUAUCAGUCACCCUGGAUUACACUCUCCAGCUUCUGCUCGCCCUGCUCAGUCCCCUGGAGGCUCAGGGGCCACCAAAUACAUGAACUCCAUCCUCUCGCCUGCUUAUAUGUCCUCACCACAAGGUUUCCCUGAUACACUGCAAGCGCAGAGCCAGUCCUACCACACAACACCACCCAAACCAAAAACGGACACCAACAUAUUGAGAGUCCAGCAAUCCCAAAAUGAGGACGAGGAUGAAGACGAUUUCCUCAUCCACCAUUUACUACAUGCCCAGAGCUCAACUCCCCAUCCUUCUCAGCAUCACCCACCUCCUCAGCAACUACCACAGCCGCUCCCACAUGGUAGAGAUGGGGAAGGCAAGGGGGUGACCUAUGACAUUAACAAAAUCUCGGAAGAGCGCUACCACCUUCACAGUGUCAUUCGUACCAAUAACAUCACCAGCAGUUCAGGUCCUGGAACAGCAAUUGAUGACAUUGCAAGUGGUUUAAACAGUCAACUCGAAGCAUCCCAGAACAAACAGCAACAAGUUAAAUCAGAGGCGACCAUAUCAAAGUCCAAUGUUGGAGGGGUUGGAAUGGACACUGACUCUCUUUCCCACUCCCAUCGACAACAGCAUGACUCCUUGGGCGCUGUAGUACAUUAUGGAAGAGCGGACCCCUACACACAGCACUCCCAUCACACCUCACAUGUGUCAUCACACUCUCAGCAACACUCGCAGCAUCCCCAGAUCGCCCAGCAUUCUCGGCACACUCAACACACACCGCAUUCGCAACAUACUCAGCACAGCCAUCCUAAUUCCCACUCUCACAGCCACCUUCACAUGGAUCUGAAGAAGCCUUCAGAUGCAAAUGACAAUGCCUACUUGUGUAACACACCCGAUGUGCAGCAAGCUCGACAAAGCCAAGUCCCCCUCUCCAUGAUAGAUUCCCCGCCAGACCCUCCCCAGCGAACUCACAUGCUGCAAUCUGUCCUUUCUCAUACUACUCAUACUAAGAUGGACCCCCAACAAUCCCCUCCACAGCAACAGCAGCAUCCUUUGAGCCAGCAGGCCAUGAUGGGUUCAGCUGGUGGAGCAGGGCCCGCUGGAGUGGAAUCCCAUCCACAGAACCAGUCUUCACAAUUGCAACUCCAGCUCCAGACCCAGGGUUUGGAUCCACACUACAACCUUGGAGCGCAGCCAAGGGAUCAAUCCCAAGCCAGUCAGAACUCAGUGUCUCCGCUAAACAUGCUAGACCAAACUCUUUCCCGGACAAACGGUAGAGGUAGUGGAGGAGCACUUGACCAAACAGGAGUUGGGGUGAACGUUACAGGAGGGGAGGGAGGUGGUGUAGACAGACAUAGACAGCAGCAUAUACUUACACCCCACCACCAUACCCAACAAACAACUUCAGAUCUUCAUGACUUUAUCUCUGAACCAGAUUUGGGCUUGUCCAACCCCUCACACCUGCACCACCUCAGCCAGCCCCAUGCCCACCAUCAACAGCAAGCUCACUCUCACCAUCAGAUGGCACAUUCUCAGUUAGCUCAUCCACACUCCCAUAGGAUGACAGCAAAUAUGGGAACUCCACAACAACAGCAGCGCCAACAAAGAGAGUCAGACAGUCUGUCACACUCCCAGCUUGACCAGCUCAAACAGCACCAGUUUGACACUGUGAGCCCAGUGGAUAAAGUAGGACUGAAUCAAGUUCAGCAGCAAUUUGCGCCUCUAACAUCCAUCUGCUUUCCAGAUUCUCUUUUACAUGAUGAAGACCGUUCUUUCUUUCCUGAGAUGGAGGACAUGUUUUGUUCAGCCGAUUACAAAUCAAGCUGUGCUGAGGAUCCUGGGUUAGGACAGGAUGCUCAAGAAAGCCUUACCCAGGGCCAUGGGCAGGGGCAAGAGGUUAUAGAGGCCUUAAAAACAGGCGAGGGCUAUGAUAUGGUUGGUCACAGUGAUCAAGGCUAUGAACAGUAUUGCCACAGCCUUCCAGGAACAGGGAAUGGCAAUCUAGACUUAGACCUUGACUCUAUGAAGACCCAUGAGCUUCCCUCUACUGUGAAUACUGAUCAGCUAGGCCUCAUCCAAUCCCAAACACCCACCAUGGGGUUGAGUUCAGCAAUUCAAGGGGAUGGCUCACUAAACAAGAUGAUGAGAGCUGUAGGAGUGAAUGGAGGUUCAAUUACUGCUGGUCUGACCUCACCUAUAUUCUGUUCAUCUCGUCCCAAGAAACUGCUGAAGAGCAGCUCAUUGCAUUUGCUCAAACAGCGGCGUGAACCACAACCUCAAACAAAGAAAAACUAUGCGCAGGAGUACGAAUUUGAGGGCGAUGAGGAUAAAGCUGAUGUUCCAGCUGAUAUUCGUCUUAACAGUCGACGCCUUCCUGACCUGCUCCCUGACUUGGUGUCAAGCUGUAGGAAAACUGGUGGCACAUCAGUAGUAAGUGCACUCAGUCCACUGAUGGGUGACGUGGACUUCUGCCACCCCUCCAGCUACGCUGCCCUUGGACAUCCUCCUCAACUCCCCCAAGAUGGCCCUAAAAAAAGAGGCAGGAAACCAACUAAACCAAAACGUGAAGGCCCUCCUCGGCCACGAGGUAGACCACGCAUACGUCCUCUUUCAGAGCCUCCGUACUGCAGGGGGCUGAUGGGAUCCGUGGCUGGAGAGAGUAAAAGGGGGCGGGGGCGAGGCCGAGGGCGAGGCAAGAGAGAGGAAGUGCAUGUUGAAAUGCAUCAAGAUAUGAACAAAAUUCAAAGCCUCCCAUAUCAGCAUCAACAGUUCAGCCAACUGCAGCAUCUUCAACAGCAUCCACACAACCAUCCUAGACAGCAGGCCGAGCACCAAGGACUACAACAACCGCAUCAUCACCUGCAUCAGCAGCAUCAGCAGCAUGAGCAGCAGCAGCAGCAUGUUUCCCACCCUAACCAACAACCGCAUCAACAGCAGCAACAUCAAAGGGAUCACCUUCAACACCAACAGCAACCAUCCCAGCAUCUGCACCAAGAUCCAAUCGGACCUAUCAAGAUAAAAAUGCCUGUUCCCACCAUGCCGUCAUCAGAAUGCUUAUUGAGGACGGACUCACUGUCCAGCACUGAACCCGUUCUUUCUGACGGAUCGGUGGGGUCGGCACCAUCACUGGGACUGAGUCCUGGACCCAGUGCCGCCAUGGACAUCAGCAAACACGAGGAGAACCAGACUCGAGACAUGUCGAUGAAGCAUCAGCAGAAAGCCGUGGAGAUGACGUGGAAGAAAGACAUCGACGACGCUCUGAGCCCUGAAGCCUGGGCUGCGAUGCAGAAGUUCUCCACUUCAGCCGACGAGAAGGCCUUCGACUUCAAACCUGGGUUCAUGGCCUCUUUUCCGGACUUCUUGAAGACGGGCAAAAAGCAGUCCAACCUCGGCCACGAUGACGCCGAGCAGGAUUCCCUAAACUCCUGUUCCUCUAUGAAGGGAGGGAUCCGACCGUUAUCCCCUCCUCCUCCUCCUCCUCUCUCCCGAGCACCAACUCCUCCACAGACGUUCUGCGCGGGGGGCCGGGGCGACGGGGCGGACCUGGACGAGGAGCUCAAAGGAAACCUGGAGACGCUGCCCUCCUUCUCCUCCGACGAAGAGGAGGAGGAGGUCAAUAAAAACCAGGACCUGCAGAAGAGCAUCUCGUCUGCCAUCUCGGCCCUUUACGACACCCCGCACUCGCUCGCCGCCGCCACGGCGUCCGCUGUGGCCAAGGCGCCACACGACAUGUCCCCGGCUGACCCGCCGCCGCCGCUUAGUCCCCCGCUCCCCGCCGUGCCUCCCCUCAUCCCCAGCAUGGAGGAAGGAAAAGAGGAGGCGCUCACUUACAUGCAGGAGAACACACGGGACGACGAGGAAGAGACGGAAAGAUCGGUCUCCCCGCAGUCGAUCGGAGAACACGCGGAGGAGAGGGAGGUGACGCAGGAGGCGGAGGGGGGGGGGGAGGCCGAAGACGACGAGGAGCACGCGAGCGAUCGACGGACUCUGCAGCAGGGAGCCCUGGAGGAGGAGGAGGAGGAGGAAGAGGAGGAGCGACGGGAGAGGAUGUCCGAAAUGCAGGUUUCGGAGGUCCCCCGAGUUGAAGAUUCUCCAUCAGCACCUGUACUCGCUCCUGCGACUCCCUCUCCAUCGCCGCCCAUCCCCCCCUCCGCUCCGCCCGCAUACCUUUCCCCCUCCCCCUCCCCUCCCCCGACUCUCUCGGUACCCUCCCGACUCCAGCAGGACGAGGAGGAGACCGUCCGAACCGGUCCCCUCCCUGAGCGGCAGCAGUCGCCCUACCCGCCAGCUCCGUCUGGUACCUCCCCUCCCCCGCCCGCCUCCCCUCCCCCGCCCGCCUCCCCUCGGCCUACCCCGCCCUCGCCCGUCUCCACCGACCUUCCCCCGGUCCAGUCCGUUCCCCCUCCACCCGCCACCCCUCCCCCAUCGUCCGCCGAUCAGGCCCGGGAGCCCGAAGCCGAGCAGCCUUCCCCCGCCUCGCCCGCCUCCUCCUCCUCAUCCUCCUCCUCCUCCUCGUUCUCUUCGUCAUCCUCGCCGCCGCCGUCGCCCCCGACCCCGGAGGAGGCGCCGACGCCUCAGCGUCUCACCUCCCUCCACCUGGCGAAGAAGCAGGCGGACGCCGCCGUCGCCGGGGAGAGCGAGGAGGAGGACAGCGAGAGCGGAGGCGAGGGGAUCUUCCGCGAGCGGGACGAGUUUGUGGUGCGGGCCGAGGACAUCGGGACUCUUAAACUGGCCUUGCAGACGGGCCGGGAGCCCCCGCCCAUCUGGAGGGUGCAGAAGGCUUUGCUCCAGAAGUUCAGCCCAGAGAUCAAAGAUGGCCAACGGCAGUUCUGUGCAACGAGUAACUAUCUGGGUUACUUUGGCGAUGCCAAAAUGCGAUACCAGCGUUUGUACAUCAAGUUCUUGGAGAACGUCAACAAAAAAGAUUACGUCAGAGUUUGCUCUCGGAAGCCGUGGCACAGAGCCGGCCUCGCCCUGAGGCGCCAGUCACUACCGCAUCCCUCUACUCACAAUCAAACCCCACCUCGGGGGGAAAGAGGGGACAAGGAGAGACAGAAAGAGAGGGAGAUGAAGGAGCAGAGAGAACGAGAACAAAGAGAGAGGGAGCACAGGGAGAAAGUAGAGAAGGAACACAAGGAGAGAGAAGAAAAAGAGAAGGACAAACGGGACAAGGAGCAGAAGGAGAGGGAAAGGAAAGAACAUGAGAACGCGGAGAAAGAAAGAGAGGACAGAGAGCAAAAGGAAAGGGAACGAGUGGAGAAGGAGCAGAAAGACGGGGAGAGGAGGGAGAAGGAGAGAGAGUUGAAAGAGAGAAGGAAUAGGGAGCAGAGAGAGAAUGAGAAACAGGAUAGAGAGAGGAAAGAAAGGGAGAGGCAGGAGAGGGAGCUGAGCGAGAGAGGGAAAAUGGAGAGGGAGGAGAGACAGCAACAAGAGAGGGAGAAGCAAGAGAGGGAGAGAACUGAUAAAGAGAGGGAAAGGGAGUGUCGAGAAAAAGAGAAACAAGAGAGGGAGCGGAAGGAGAAAGAAGAGAGGGAGCAGAAAGAAAAGGAUGGAAGGGAGAGGGAAAAAGAGAAAGAGAGACAAAGGGGUCACGAGAAGGAGAAGAUGGCGAGAGAGGAGCAGGAGAGGAGAGAGGGCACAGUGGAGUUUGCCAGGUUGAAGGAGGAAAAGAGAGGAGGAGGAGGAGGAGAAAAGAAGAUGGAUUGUCAGCCCAGAGCCAAGACCUCAAAGGACAAGGCGGAGCCUCCUCCCAAUAAGAGGAAGAAGUGGCUGAAGGAGGUGCCCUCCUCUUCCUCCGAGUCCGACUCCUCCCGACCCAGCGAUGACGAAGGACCGGUGCGGGGUGGAGUCAACAGCAGAGCCAUGAGGGAGAUCUUCAGGAGCUACGUGGAGAUGCUGGUCAGUACUGCACUGGACCCGGACAUGAUCCAAGCCCUGGAGGACACCGAUGAUGAGUUGUACCUCCCACCCAUGAGGAAAGUCGAUAGUCUGCUCGGGGAACAGAAGAAGAAGUUGUUGAGGAGAGUCACCAUGAGUGUUCAGCACCAGGAGGCUCUACAUAUAUUCCCCAAAAUGAUGGCAGACCCCCUGGAAUCUGGAGCUGUCAAAGUUCACCUGGGUGGGGAGGGGUACAACCGCAAAACCCUCAACCGGGUCAAGAGGAGUAUCCCUAAGCAACAGGAUCUAAAGCUCUCGAUUGAAACUUGCCGGAUAUACAGUCUGUAUCAUUCCCUCCACCACUACAAGUACCACACAUUCCUGCACUGCAAGAAGGAGACGGAUAGCAUCGAGCAGGCGGCGGAGGACCCCGGCCAGGAGGAGGUGGUGCAGCAGUGCAUGGCGAACCAGAGCUGGCUGGAGAGCCUCUUUACCGCCUUCAUGGAACUGCUUAGCCUCAGUGCCAAGGCCUGAAGGAGCCACCACACUCACACACCCACCUGCAGUAUUGAGAAUACAGAGGCAUCCAUUUGUGAAACAAAAGGACGGCGCUGCCGAGCAGCGUACGGAUGCUUCGGAGUGAGACGACCGUCGGUUUGUUUGUCUGAGAGUUAACUUUUAAAGCGUUUUCUUAUUAAGUACCUCUUUUAUUUCAAGAAAAGUAUUGACCGAUGGAGGGAGUGCACUACGUGAAUGUGAUGGAUUUUCCAUAAGACAAAAAAAGGUAUCGGCACUACAAAAGAGUUCUUUAAGACCUACAGAGUAUUGAGAGACAUACGCGAGAUGUCUAUAAGUAAUAACUACUAUGUUUUGGUUUAAUUUCUACAAGGACAUUUCCAAAUAUGACCGUUCUUAGAUGGGAUUGUUUGCUGUUAAUGUUGAAGAAAAAUGUUUUAAAAGGGAUAUACAUGAGAUAGCCCGCCUGCUAUAGUUGCGUGAGACGGAGGUGAGGUUAAAAAGGACUAUCGUAUGGUCUCUCUCUUCUACCAGCCUCAGUUAGACAGAGUUGAUUGAGGGGAAAUGUAUUUAAAAAAAACUAAGCUGUGUUCUUUCCGUUUGUUCUUCAAAAGACGACGAGAGAGAGGAUUUAAUGCCUGUAAGACGAUGAAUGAAAAAAUAAAGCACGACUGUCUUAACGGAAGUGUGAGGUGAAAUGAUCCAAAAUGUCAGUGUUUAAUGUCAGUCAUUUUUAUCUGUUUGUUGUUGAUUGAUAUUUCCUAUUCUUUGACCUCUCAGAGGAUAUUCUCUGUUGUUCUGAUGUGUGUGUAUAUAAUGUACAGCUACUUCAUUCUCUAGUUUUCAGUUGAUCUUCUGUACAUGAAAUUCCCGUAUUUGACAUAAUGAAAUAAAAGUGUUCAAAUGACAUAAGAA